AGAGGUAAGUGUUUGAGUUGCUGUCAUGGCUGAUCAUGUUGAUCAUGUCAUUCUAAAGAUCACAUUUUUUAGUUGAAAAAAUAAAUCACGUAAUGAAAAUAAUUUCCAACUCAAAUACGUGAGAAUAAAAAAAAAUACAUUAUUUAUAAAAUUUAUGAAAAUUCAUUUUCUACAAUUUCUGCUUUUUUUAAUAAUGUUUAUUUACAUGAAUAUCGAUGAAGAUUCAUGAAAAGAAAAUAUAUUACCUACUCCAAUAACUUGGAAUUAUUAAAACAACUAUGGAUAACAUAACGGGUGUAGUUAAAGCCAUGUGCCGUGGCUUAGGAGACAGUUUGAAAGGUGCUGUUAUUCUUUAUUAUUUAGAUAAACAAAUUAAUGAAAAAUUCAAAAAAACUGCUUCAAAGCAAAAUGCGAGAAGGAGUGGUACACCGAAUAAUCAGAGUCCAGGCGUAAAACUAAAAGAACCUCGUGAAUCGACAAUUCUAACAAGAACAAUGCAAUGUUGCGGUCUUAAUGGGGUAUUUUUUUUGGGCAGUAUUUUAAUAUUUGAAAAUAUUUUAUUUCCCUUUUUAAAAUACUUACUGACUGUUAUAUUUGGUGAUUCGCCUGGUAUGGAGAAAAUACUUUGGUCCUGGAUAAACCCCUUUUUGGCUCUAACUUUUGGUACAUUUUGGAUACUGCCACUCUUUAUGCUCAGUAGGGUAAUCAACAGUUUCUGGUUUCAGGACAUUGCAGACAGUGCGUAUAGAUUUAGACAAGGUCGACCUCAUCAUUUGCCAAGUGUCAGCAUUGUCGUUGCUGAUAUGCUGGUUAGUCUCUUGGUGCAGGUGUUGUUCCUGGCGCAAGGAAUGCUUGUUUAUAAUAUUCCAUUGCCAAUGGUGGGCGAAUUACUUGCUCUUGUACACAUGUGCCUUUUGUAUUCACUUUAUUCAUUCGAAUAUAAAUGGUUCAAUAUGGGUUGGGAAUUGCAUCGAAGACUUACAUUUAUCGAAGGCAAUUGGCCAUAUUUUAUUGGCUUUGGCCUGCCACUAGCAUUGCUCACAAAAUAUUUUGACUCCAUUAUGAUGAGUGGUUGCGUAUUUUCAAUUUCAUUUCCACUCUUUAUAAUCAGUGGAAAUGAGGCGGAACCCGUAACAGGUGUUUGUGACUAUCCGUUAAAAUUGUUCUCGCCUGUGAUCGCAGUCGCCAAUACACUUUUUACAAAAACAAUGGGUCCAGCUAGAAGACGGUGACAAUUGAAGCUCACAAACAUUCUCAAUACUAGUUAAAAGGAUUUCUAGGAUUUUACGCGAACCGAAUUUUGCCAAUUUUUUUUAGAUAUUUGAAAAUACUUAAUAAUUUGUAAAUACUUUUUUAAAAAAACAAUAACAAUCUAAUUCGACUCUUUUAAAAAAAGUCGAAACGAAUUUAAAAAGAGCUUCUAGAUGACUUCUUUAUAUUUUUCAAUAUAAUAAAUUAUUUUAUUUUUUGUAAUUUUCUUUUUACAAAACAAUUUUUUUCUUUUAGAAACUCUGAGAAGCUUUUUUUAAAUUGAAAACAUUUUUUAUAAGAAUAUAAUUUCUUUUGGCGGGUAUAGCUUAAGUUUUAGAUAAGAAUUACAAGUUUGACAAUGGCGCUUAUGUAGAAAAUAUAAUAUAAAAUUAUGCCUUUUUUAUACAUAGCUCUUAAAAGUUAAACGAUCUUUUAAAUUAUGCAAAAAAUUUGCAAUUAAAAUGAUGGGAAAAAAUUUGUUUUUCCAAUAGUUAAAAAUGACUUUUAAUAACUGUUUCGCAUAAUUAUUUAUAUGUUUUAGAAUUUUAGACAUUUCUUGGAAAUUAUACAGUCGCUUAGGGAUUGUUAUUAUAAAAAAAAUUGAACUCACCAUUAUUUUUACAUUAGAGAAUUUAAAAAAAAUGAAUACAGAAAAUUAUGUACAUACUUAAAAAAAAUAGUUUUUGUUUUUAAAGGAAACAAAAGGAAAACAAAACAGUUCAUUAGCUAGUCAAUUAAUAUUUAAUAUACAAAAAAAAGACUUAUGUUUCAUUAAUGGUGCACAAUUUAUUCAUUAAAUAUUGUUUUCUUUUUUUAUUUUCCUCCUUGAUAUUAUUGUGAUGAUUUCAAAGAAAAAUUGUACUUUAGCGAAUUUAUUUGAAAUUGAAA